GGAUCACUGUGUCUGUUCAUGGAUUCACGACAUUCUAGAUGAUGGAUUCGAUCGUGAUGGAACAGACGACCGAACAAAGUUUCUUCACGCGAGCUCACGACGCAGACGACGGUUCUCUAUCUCUUAACAGCUCUCUCAUCAGACACAGCUUGCCGAAGGAGCAGGUUCGCUUCUGGGUGUACAAGGUCGGCUACACUAGCGUCAUCACUGCCGGCCUGCUCGGUAACUCUCUCAACCUGGCCGUCAUGUGGCGCAGCAGUCGCUUGGCGACGCUCUCCUACUUCUUCCUGCGAUGGCUCGCCGUCGCCGACUUCUUCGUCGUCGCCGUCAUCCUCGUCUUCAAUCUCGUCAAGACGAAGGCCGUGCAUCGGUCGUACGCCGUCAUGUGGUACUACGCGCAUCUCAACUUCUUCCUGAUGCGCUCGCUCGCCUGCAGCGGCGCCUUCAUCGUCACCGCCUUCACGGUGAGUCGCUACGUCAGCAUCUGUCAUCCGACGCGCUGCAAGAGCGUCGGCGUCGUCACGUCGCGUGGGGUCUACCGGGCGACGACGGCGUCGGCGUUCGUCUUCUCGGCGCUGCUGCACGUGCCGCACCUGUUCGAGACGAGAGUCGUCGCCGUCGUCGGCGACGACGUCGGGCGUCGUAACGAUUCAACGAUCGUCGAGUACGACUGGGAGUGGAACGACGCCGUGCAGCGACUCGCCUUCUUCUCGCACGUGUACCCGCCCGUGAAGGAAGUGCUUAGCAAGCUCCUCCCCAUCGUUCUCGUGCUUGUAUUCAACCUGCUCAUCAUACAGGCGCACGGGCGCUACGUGCGCAAGCGACGGUCGCUUCGCACCGGAAGUUACUCCGAGGUGGUGCCGACGACGACGAAAGCGACGAAAGCGACGACGGCGGCGAGGAGGAGGAGGGCGAGGGAGGAAGGAAGGUUGAUGGCGCUUCUGUUGUCUGCGUCCGGCAUCUUUUUCGUCUGCACGCUUCCGCAGGCGUUUGUCACCGUGCUACUGCGUGCCUGCCCGAGCCUCUACGAGACGUCGGUCGCCUUCUUCGUCUUCGUGCACGUCGCCAAUCUCGUCGAGUCGCUGCACUUUGCGAUCAACUUUUACGUGUACAGUCUCGCGAGCGCCGACUUUCGGCAGAGCUUCCGCGAGGUGUUCGCGCCGCCGUGCUGGGCGGAUAAGUGGGGGAAGCAGGGCGACGGGCCGCAGAGUGGCGCCUCGUUCGCCGCGUCGGCUCGUCAAACUUCGACGAGAAAGAUUCCCGCUGCGUGAUCUGCGAGAGGCAUACACGCAUAAGGGGUGUAUGUGCGAGCGUG